AUGAACGGCAACGUUGUCUUCCCUCCCAAACGCGGCGGUGGUGGAGGGCGACCGGGUCCACAGCGGGUGAACAGCGCAGGAGCGCGUGCGAACCCUUACAGCCGUCCCCCUCCCGCCGCCCCAGCCGCCGACGGGAAGUGGCAGCAUGACCUCUUCGGCGCCAGCUCGGACCUGUACAACCCCUCAAUCAACUUCAGCGCCCUACGCGCAAAGUUGCCGGCUCAGCAGGAGACCUCGCCUAGCCUUCGACCGUUCGGAGUGGCGACUCCUGCGGCGCAGCCUGUAUUGAGUGCGCCGACAGCACCGGUUGCGACGGUUCAGCAGGGCGGAGCGGCGCUCGGGAUCAAGGGGUCGAAUGCGGCGGCGCAGCGCGAGGCAGCACGGCGGGCCAACCUCGAAAGGAUGGCGGCGCAGAAGGAGCGCGCCGAGCUGAUACGGCAGCGGAAGGAGCUCGAGAAGGAGCGGCAGGAGAAGGUCAAUAUCGCGAAGGAGGAGGAUCUUGGGUUUGUUGUUCAGGUCGACGGGCUUGUUGCGGGAACGAGUGCAGAGGACGUCCAGACCGCCUUUGGCUCGUACGGCGAGAUCCGGUUCUGCUUCAUCGUCGACCCGGCCGCCAGCGAACUCUCCGCCCGCCUCACCUUCACCCGCUACGACGAUGCAGCCGCCGCGUGCUCAAAGCUCGACGGCGCCAUCGCCGACGGCCGACCACUCAGUGUCAAGCAGACAUCGCGUACACCCAUGCCUCCUCCCCUCCCGCCUCUUCCCAAACACUCUGUCGGUCCCGCACUCGUCAGCACUCCCUCCGCGACCGGCGCUGCAGCAGGCGUCCCAACCGGUCCGCGCAGUCAGCGACGAGCCCAGCCUGCGCAAGUGCAGACUGCAAUCCCCGUCGAGCCGCCUAGCAAGAUGUACGCCGACCAGAUUGAGGCGGCGGAACGAGCGGCAGCCGCAGCAGCAGCGGCGGCGGCGCAGAACGGAGGAAACGGGAUGGACAUCGACAUGGAGGAUUCGAUGGCGAUUCCUGCGGGCGCUCGAGGCCGAGGGGCGAUCCCGCGCGGUCGAGGACCUGUGCAUGCGCCCGGCGCAGGUGCAGCGAUGCAGCAGCGACAACAACAGCCGAUCAACCCGCUGGCGGCACGUUUGGGCGUCAACAUACCGUCUGGACCUGCCGCGAUGAGGCAGCAAGGAGCGAACGGGCGCGCGCAGGGCGCGCCUGCAGCAGGAUCGCUGGCGGCGCGGCUCGGUGGGAACGGUCAGGCGGGAUCGGCUGCGAGCGGCGCGAAGGGCGGACGAGGUGGGCGCGGGGGCGGCGGACAGGCUGCUUCGGCUGGGCAGGGUGGCUCGUCGCUCCUGGCGAGGCUCAAGUGA